GGCUUUCUUUCGACAGACGGUGACGCCGGGUGAAUAUUUUUGCUUCUCAGCGGGCAGAAAAGAAAUUGUUGUCGUUGAAUUGCACGUCCCUGCAUCGUACACGCAUCUGAUAUACUCCAGCAAUCAACCGCACCACUAGAGCGAACCAAAGCAUGGGAGACUCGGACGAUGAAUACGAUCGUAAGCGUCGUGACAAAUUCCGUGGAGAGCGUAGCGCUGGUGGUGGCGGAGGUGGUGAUAGCUAUGGACGCGGAGUGGACCGACCGGAUCGUUCCAGAGGGCGAGACGAUUGGCCGGAUCGAGUCCGACCGCGGCAAGAUUAUCGCGAUUACAGGCCACCGCCAAGGGAUCGCGGUUACUCGCCAGCUCGAGAAGCACCACCCAUGAAACGUAUGCGCGGAGAACCUUGGGGUGAUGAUGGUCGACACCGGUUUGCUGGCCAUGAUGGAUACGGAAUGUACGGGUACAGUCAUGAACACUUCGGAAUGCAUCACGGAGCUGGUCCUUACGGUGGCGGCCACCAAUCAGCCGUGCAUCAAAGAGAGCCGGCGCAAUCUGGAGACACUCAAACGCAGCCCUGCAUGUUGACUUUAAAGCAAUUUCUUGCCACGCAGGAUGACUCUAUUUCAGAUUCCGAGGCGAUCACCAAAUAUAAUGAGUACAAACUCGAGUUCCGACGGCAGCAGAUGAACGAGUUCUUUGUGGCCCAUAAGGAUGAAGAAUGGUUCAAAACGAAAUACCAUCCCGAAGAAUCGGAAAAGAGGAAAGCGGAGCAACUGUCGUUUUUAAAGCGACGGUGUGAAAUUUUUCUGGAGUUGUUGAACACGAAAGACAUCGGACGAGUAUCGGUGGAUGCUUGCAAUAGUGACGCACUGCAUCGACUACUGGAUACGGUGGUCAUCAAGCUCGAAGGUGGAACGGACGAAGAUUUGAAGAUACUGGACGAAAAGCAGCCCGCUGUCGAAACGGCCCGGCUUCUCCCGGUCAUUCCGUUGAUCGACAAGUCGAAAUUGGACUCAAAAAAUGCCGAUGCGACCUCCGCACCACAGUCUGGCAGCGAAGCAUCCGGUGUGAAGAAAGAAGAACAACAGAAAGAUCCUGCGGCCGCAGAAGCGGACGGCGAAGCUAAAGGUGACCCUGACGAGAAUGGCAAAGAAGCUGAAGCAUCGUCUACCACCAACGACGAGUCCGCCAAAGGGGAUAAUGACGAAAAUCGCCAUGAAAGCGGAACCGAGGCGAAGCCACUUGACAAAGACGACGAUGACGAUGACGAACAGCGGCGAAUGAAACGGGAGUCUGAGGUCAGCCGGAAGAAUCGAAGCCGGUCCGAUUCCGCGUCCAGCUCUUCCUCCUCAUCUUCGUCGUCGUCCAGCGAUUCAGACGAGGAAAAGGACGAACGGUCGAAGCCGGAGGACGAUGAGGAUGACGAUAAUGAAGGCAGAGAAAAAAAGCUCCCGAUUGAAGAGGAAACAACCCCGAAGAGCCCGGUAGAGGAUAUCAAGAUGGACACCGAGCCCGGCAACGACGGCGGGGCGGAAGACGGUGAGGAAGCUGACAAAGCUUCGGCAAAAUUUGCCAAUGCCGAAGAUCCGACAGUUGAUGACAACCAGCCGGCUGCGAAAGAUGACGGAGACGGGGAUAAGGACGACGAAAAACGGCAGCUAGAGGGAGGAGCCUCUGGUGAGACGGACGGUGAUGGUGAGCCAAAAACCGAAACCAUCGAUUUGGUUAAGGAUUCUCUCGCCGACACUGGCCCUCGUGCGCUACAUCGAACAAGUUCGAUAUUUUUGCGCAACCUGGCGCCCUCCAUCACAAAGGCCGAAGUUGAGGCGAUGUGCCGACGUUACAAUGGAUUUCUGCGGGUGGCCAUUGCUGAUCCGCUGCUCGAGAGGCGCUGGUUCCGGAGAGGCUGGGUUACGUUCAAGCGCGAAGUGAAUAUCAAAGAGAUUUGCUGGCAUUUGAACAACAUUCGGUUGCGUGAUUGUGAGCUUGGCGCCAUCGUGAACAAGGACCUUAGCCGGCGUGUGCGACCGGUGAACGGUAUCACCUGCCACAAGACCAUCGUGCGCAGCGACAUCAAGCUGGGGGCCAAGAUUGCGCACAACAUGGACGACAAAUGGGGCCUGUGGAAGGAUGAUCCUUCCGUUGGUCCGAACGGAGGGGGAAAAAAUGGUUCCGGCGGCGCCCAUGAGCAAUCAUUCGGUUUGCAGUCGAAGAAUCCGGUUCUCCAAAACAUUACCGAUUAUCUGAUCGAGGAGGCGUCGGCCGAAGAGGAAGAACUGCUCGGUCUUUCAGAUGACAACAAGAAGAACUCUGAGGGUGAAAUUAUUGAGCGUGACCCGCAGCUACUCGAGGUGUUGGAUAAGCUCGUACUCUACUUGCGCAUUGUCCACUCGGUGGACUUCUACAACCACUGCGAGUACCCGUACGAAGACGAGAUGCCCAACCGGUGCGGCAUCAUUCAUGCCCGUGGUCCACCAUCUCAGAGCAAGGUGACGAGUAACGAAAUCCAGGAGUACGUGCGUACUUUCGAGGGCAAGAUGGCUUCGUUCCUGACAAAGCUGGCCGAUUUGGACGACAACGAGAUGAAGAAGCUCGGCGCAAAGGAUGCCGAGGCGGAGGUGGAAAAAUUCAUCACGGCCAACACGCAGGAGCUGGCGAAGGACAAGUGGCUCUGCCCACUGUCCGGUAAAAAGUUCAAGGGACCCGAUUUUGUACGGAAGCACAUCUUCAACAAGCACGCCGAAAAGGUCGAAGAGGUUCGCAAGGAGGUAGAAUAUUUUAACAACUACCUGAAGGAUUCGAAGCGACCCCAGCUGCCGGAACAUCCCGGCAAUACGAAGAAAGCGGGAUCGGAAAGUGCUGCUCCUGGCGGUGGGGCUGCUCCGGGUGGCGGCUACCGAAGUGCUCCCUUCGGAAUGUCGCACAGCUACGCUCCGAUGUAUGCACCGUAUGCAGCGGCGCCAUUAAUGGCUCCCAACGCACGUGGUAGACCGCCCUACGGACGCGCCGGAAGAGAGGCGAUGGCAGAACCUCGACGACCGAUCAUUGCCUACAGCGACUUGGAUGUGCCCAAUUUCAGUGACAGUUUCUUUUGAGGAAUGACCAUUGUUCCCGAAGGCCAAGGCGAACCCCUGAUUUUGCGCCACGAAAUCUAUUGAAAGUAAUUUUCGAUCUUUCUCUACACUCGUGCUUGUGAGUAAUGCGGACAAUGUAACAACGUGUUAGCAUCCUUGUGCGGCGAACUAAAAUAAAGAUA